UGCUGCUCCUGCGAAAGCGAUAGCCUGGUAGUAGAGCCGAGCGCACGCAGACCGGGAGGAGGCCGGGGAGACGAGACACGAGCAGCCAAGCACCCCAGCGAGCGCGAGGGCACCGUCACCACCGUCCACCGCCGGGAUCGUUGGUUGGGACAUGAUGGAUCAGCUGAGCCUGGUGCCCUACGAGGGGGCUGGAGGCGGUGGCGACGGCGGCGGCAAGUACAAGGAGUGCAUGCGCAACCACGCGGCGGCCAUGGGCGGGCAGGCGUUCGACGGCUGCGGCGAGUACAUGCCGUCGUCGCCGGACUCGCUCAAGUGCGCGGCCUGCGGGUGCCACCGCAGCUUCCACCGCCGCGCCGCGGGCUCCUCCUCAUCCUGCGGCGGCGGCGGCGGCGCGGCGCCCUUCUUCUUCCGCCCGCCGGUGCCGGCGCUGCCCGCGCCGCCGCAGCCGCACUACCACCACCACCACCAGGCCGCGCUGCAGGCCUUCCUCCCCUCUGUGCCGGCGGCCGGGGUGGCGCCGCACCUCGCGCUGCCGUACCACGCCGUGCCCAACGCCGCGGCCGCCCCGUGGCUCGCGCGCUCCGGGUCCGAGACGCCGCCCCGGCCCGACGACUUCGGCGUCGGCGUCGCGGGCCUCGGCCUAGUCGGCGGGAGCGGCGGCGGCAGCGGCAGCUUCGGGCGGAAGCGGUUCCGCACCAAGUUCACCCCGGAGCAGAAGGAGCGGAUGCGCGAGUUCGCGGAGAAGCAGGGGUGGCGCAUCCAGCGGAACGACGACGGCGAGCUGGAGCGCUUCUGCGACGAGAUCGGCGUCAAGCGGCAGGUGCUCAAGGUGUGGAUGCACAACCACAAGAACCAGCUCGCCUCCACCUCCCCAACCUCCGCCGUCGGCAUGAACCCCGCGGCCGCUGGCAUCGGCAUCAACCCGACCGCUGCAGGCAUCGGCACCGGCGCUGGCGUCGCCGGUGACGGGGACGGCGACGACGACGACACCGACGACUCCCCGCCCCGCGCCGCCGUCUCCUCCCCCUCCCCGUCCCCCAUCAGUGUCUAGGCCAGAUCGAGGGCGCUUUCCUUCUCUCCUCUCCACCGCGCGCUAAUGAACUCCGUCCGCUUAAUCCCUAGGGUUUAGCAAUUAAUUAGCUCUAGGUAACUGUCGGCAAGCCAGUACUCAGCAGUACUCCAGCUUGCUACCACCACCACCACCCCCUCGUGCUCAUGUUAACCUCCUGCCCCCCGUGACGCGGCCGCUCCGUACGUCCGUGCCGGAGGGCACACCCGUCAUUUUCUCCCUACUGCCGCCGCUUAAUUGGAGUAUUCUAGUUCUAGGCUCUGCUAUAGACUGCACUACUGUCUCAUCCUAAUCGUACCCAUCAUCAGUGACUAAUGAUUUGAGUAAUGCUAUAUCCACCUGAAAUGCUUCGGAGUCAGUGCUCGGAAAUCUCCUUUGGUCUUUGGAAGGAUCUGAUAUUUUGGUUU